CAGGCUCAUUCAUCCGUAAUGGCGGUUGGAUAGCCGAUAUCGGUUCUCUGUGGAUGGCCCUCCUUCUCGUUAUCCUUCUGGUAUUCACAAAGACUCUUCAGAGUUGUUGCUGCUCCUGCAACAACAAUCGUCAAUUAGUGCUCUCGAGGCGGAUUACCUUGAAAUUCGCAUCAGGUACUACUGCCGAAUUUGAAAAGUUCUGUGGGUGUAGUCUACGUGAGGUGGGCAGAAAUGGCGUCAUGGCGCUGUCUGGAGUUGGCUCGGGGUGUUGGGACGUCGAUACUGUUUCGAGAGGCGGCAGCGUUAGGGAGCUUGAAAUGGAAGCGAACCGCAACGGCAGCAGGAGCAUCGCAAAUCACAAACUGUCUGCAUAGCGUAGCCUCCAAUUCAAAGCGAGAGCCGCGGCCCGUAAAGACGCGCGUAAUGACGCAAGAGAGGGGCAGUGGGGAAACUCAAACCACGGCAGAUAAGUAUGAGGCCGUGAUAGGUAUAGAAACUCAUGUACAGCUAGGGACAUCUACCAAGGCAUUCUGCUCCUGCCCUUCGGAAUACGGCAGCGAGCCCAAUGCCAAUGUGUGCCCCGUCUGUAUGGGACUUCCCGGCGCACUUCCUGUCUUAAAUGCGGCAGUGGUGGAGUCUGGCGUCAAGCUGGGACUAGCUUUGCAGGCAAAUAUUGCGCUGAAGUCCAAGUUUGACAGAAAACAGUACUUCUACCCUGAUUUGCCGAAAGGAUACCAGAUUUCCCAAUUUGAUAUCCCCAUCGCUGAGAAGGGCUAUAUCGAUGUCGAUCUACCCGUGGAGUUUGGUGGUGGGCAUCGUCGUUUCGGGGUAACCCGAGUUCACAUGGAGGAAGAUGCUGGAAAACUAAUUCACGCUGGAAAUGAUCGUCUUUCUGGAUCUUCUUCAUCUCAGGUUGAUUUGAAUAGGGCUGGUGUGCCUCUACUGGAGGUCGUUUCUGAACCAGAAAUGCGAACAGGGCUGGAGGCUGCAGAGUACGCUGCAGAGCUACAACGAAUGGUGCGGUACUUGGGUAUCAGCAAUGGCAACAUGCAGGAGGGCUCAAUGCGUUGUGACGUCAACAUUUCUAUCCGCCCUAAGGGUCGUGAACAGUUCGGUACCAAGGUGGAGAUCAAGAACAUGAAUUCGUUCUCGGCAAUGCAGAAGGCCAUAGAGUUUGAGAUGGACAGGCAAAUUGCUCUUUUAGAGGAAGGUGAAAGAAUAAAGCAAGAAACAAGGCUUUGGGAAGAGGGUUCUCAGCAAACCAUCAGUAUGCGGAGUAAAGAGGGCCUGGCAGAUUACCGAUAUUUUCCUGAACCAGAUCUGCCAGAAGUCGUGCUGUCUCAGGAGUAUAUAGAUACAACCAGAGCAAAUUUACCUGAGCUUCCAGAUGCAAAACGCCGGCGUUAUGAGAGCUUGGGUCUCUCUAUGCAAGACACACUUGUGCUUGCCAACGACAGUGAUGUGGCAGCAUUCUUUGAUGAAGUCUUGGAAAAAGGAACAGAAGUGAAGCAGGCGGCGAAUUGGAUCAUGGGAGAUGUAGCUGCUCAUCUGAAAAGUAUCAAACUUACCAUCACUGAAGCUAAAUUAACACCAGCGUCGCUUGCAGAGCUGAUUGGCCUUAUCAAGGAUGGCACAAUUAGUGGCAAGAUUGCAAAAGAGAUUCUGCCAGAACUUAUUGAGAAAGGUGGCAGCGCAAAGGGAGCAGUUGAAUCAAAGGGACUCAGCCAGAUUUCGGAUCCUGCUGUCAUUGAGAGCAUGGUGGACAAAAUUUUGGCGGAUAACGUGAAGCAGGUCGAGGCUUACCGUGGAGGCAAGACCAAGCUUCAAGGAUUUUUUGUUGGACAGGCAAUGAAGGCGUCAGGCGGGAGAGUAAACCCAGGUCUUCUCAACAAAAUCCUGAUGGCUAAACUCAAUGGCUAGUACCCUCACGGCUUGUUAAUUGCCUACUUUUGAAGAAGGUUUUAAGUAGAACUGGCCACGGUCAUGUACAAUACAGGCUCAGAGACACUAGUUGGACUCCAUUCAAGAGGUGUGUUUUACCUGGUAAAUUAUAGGCUUUAGACCUGAGUGCUAAUGGCAGGGCAGUGUUCUUGCUUGAGGGGAAACCAACAGUAUUCUUUGCAAGAUUUCAAUUGAUCUCUAACCACCACCUAGCAUUUAAAAUUCUACGAUUGCAGCAUUGCACCAAGUUUCUGCUCCUGAAUGUGCGACAACUUGCAGAUUUCUUUCAGUUCAUUUCAAUGUACCUUGUUAAUAAUAUUAUGUUAUGUGCAGUA